GGAAGAAACAGGUAUCCUGUAGUUGUGCGCAGGUUGCAGACUUCAGUAUUCGCGGUGUUUCUGUGAAACUCUCCUGUAGUUUAGUGGGAGAGUGGAGCAUCGGUGGGUUGUUUAGGCUGAGGAAGGAAGCCUCUUUGCAGGAACAAGCAAUGAAAGGUCUAUAAUUAUCUCCAAGUGCAUUUUGUUUUCCUUUUUCUUUUUCUCCUUCGGAUCCCACAGAGUGACGGACGGCGUUCGGGUUGAAGAAGGGACUCCGCGGGUUGUCCGAAAACAUGGAGGAAUGGUGUUGAAAACGUUUUUGUUCAGUAUUUUGAUCUCCAGUACAGUAUAUGAACCCAUGCACUCUUCAACACACACAUCGAACUGUUUGAAUACGUUUAGUUGAGUCAAUAUUUAUACGUUUGGGACCGCUUGGAGCCAUCUGCACUCUUCCUGUUGAAGGAUUAGGACUGGAGCAGUGAUGGAGGACAUCGACGUCGAGCAGGAGGAGCCGUUCCCCGUGGACCGAGAUGGGAGACGCUUUAGGGGUGAAGAAGACCAGCCUGAUAAUGACAGAGAAAUGGGAUGUUGUGAGAAGUUCCAUCAUUCUAUGUCCAGAUGGAUGCUUCCAGAAGAGCUUCGCGAAAAGUACCUGGAACGGGCCAACUGCUUCCCACCGCCCAUCUUCAUCAUCCUCAUCAGUAUUGCAGAGCUGGCAGUGUUUAUCUACUACGCUGUGUGGAAGCCUCAGAAGCAGUGGGUGACCCUGGAUGAAGGCAUCUGGAACAGCCCGCUCUCAUACAAGCCUGAGUCUAGGAAGGAGGCAUGGCGCUUUCUCUCCUACAUGUUUGUCCACGCUGGUGUGCAGCAUAUUGUGGGCAACCUGGUGAUGCAGCUGCUGGUGGGCAUCCCGCUGGAACUGGUCCACAAAGGAUUUGAAGUGGGAAUGGUUUACCUCUCUGGCGUCUUGGCAGGCUCGUUGGCCAGCUCCAUCUUUGAUCCUUUCAGUGCUUUGGUGGGAGCUUCUGGGGGUGUCUAUGCCCUGUUAGGAGGCUAUUUUAUGAACGCAGUAGUGAAUUUUCGAGAGAUGAUUCCUCUCCUUGGAAUAUUUCGUAUCCUCGCCAUUGUGAUAUUUGUUGGCUCAGAUUUUGGAUUUGCCUUCUACAGAAGAUUUGUCAGCCAGGAGGCUGGAAUGCAGGUGUCUUUUGUGGCUCAUUUUGGAGGAAUCGUGGCCGGGAUGACCAUCGGCUACGUCUUCUUCAGCGCUUACAACCAGAAGCUACUCAAAGACCCACGUUUCUGGCUGUGUAUAGUAGGCUACAUACUCUGUGUGGUCUUUGCUGUGGUUUUUAAUAUCUUCCUGAGUCCAGCACCAUAGGAACAUAAAGCUGCAUUUUUUUAUUUUUAAAGUUAACACUAAACGCCUUAAUGUCACACUCAGGAAGCUGUAUUUUAUACUGUUGGUUUUCAGAGCAAAAUAAUGCACAGGGCAUUUCAUAUUUUUCUAUCAGAUUUUCUUCUUUUUAAAGCAGAAUUUGGAAGUUCAAGGGGAAGGGUGCCUCCUGCUGUUUAUGUGUAAAAUUGCAGAAGGAAUAUUUAAAAAAUUUAGACAAUGUUGAGCAAAAUGGGCCUUAAAAAAGUGAGUAAUUUUGAACUUAAUUCAAUUUUAUCUGUGCCUUUUCAAUGUUUUCAUUGUUAUUCGUAUUUCUGUGUUUGAGUGUUUUUGUAUGUUUUAAAAUAAAAAUUUAGAACUCUUUGUACUUGAGCACACUGGUCCAAUUUCAUGUCAUUUUUGUUUAGUAGGAAAUUAUACCCAGGCUGUGUGUUUUUUAAAUCAUUUUAUGCUAUUCUGUGCUAAUCUUCUGUUGAAUCAUCAUGGACUCUUAUGGACUUUCAGUAUUCAUAAAAUAUGCCUUAAACGUGUUGAAAUCCUCGCAUUAAAACAUGGAAUUUCAUGAAGACUUGGCUGUUUGACAACUCUAACAAGAAGAAAUGGUUUACAAACAAGUCUCAGGAAAGAAAAAAGGGAUGAAUGCCUAAGCUGUUGGGAGUUGAUCUUCCUUUUGUAAGCAAAAGAGCUGGUUUACCAUCAGGCAAUGGCUUAAUGCCAUGUUAUUGUUUGUCACUUCCUGUUGACAGGGCGUGGCUAAUGACAUGUUGAGUUGUAAAACUGUUGAUUAAUUUUUCUCUUACUGUAUACUUCUCUGUCAUACAUGUUUUUUUAACCUUGGCAAUAUACAGAACUUUGUCCUUAGACAAACAUCCAGCUUUUGGAAACACUGGAUACUGUUGGUAAAAUUAAACAGUGGAUGUUAUCGUACAGUACCCCUACUAAACUGUAGGGAAAUCUUUGAAUCAUAAGUGCAAGUUAUAGCUUAGUGACGGUAUAGUUUCUUUUUCAUAAGUCUAGAAAUGACAUGUUACUGUGUUACUGGUGUGAGAAGGGCAUUGGGUACAGAUUGUAAUACAGGAACAGAUCUUAUGGUAGAAUAUGUACUUAAUUUAUUUAAGAUUACAGGUUUAACUAUGACCAAAGACUAAACAGAAACUUCCUACACUUGGUUUUGAAUUCCACAGCUCAAUGUUUAAAUUAUUUUUAAUAGAAUUUGAUGUUUUCAAUGUAUUUUUUGUCAAAUUGAAUCUGAACUUAGGAUAAUGGCAUUCAUUUUGUCUGAUGAAUAUUUAUACUGAAUUUACAGUGGAGAUGUCCAUUUCAUUGUUAAUUAGCAGAUAACAGUGUACUACAGUCUGUUGUGUGAUGGUGCUGGGAUGUAUUUGCCUUCUAUAUAGCGGAAAUCGGAAAUCUGAUGUCAUUGGACAAUACGAAAUCUGCAAGAUUUCAGCCAUUGUGUCUUAAAUUUAAUAUUUACUGCUUAGCAUCAUUGCUGUAGUGUUGUUGCAUUUAUUGUUGACAUUGUUUAGUUUCAUAUUAAAGAGUCCAUUAGGGAUCUUGCUUUAAAAUACAGAAAAUAACAUUGUGGGUUACUUAAUUUGGUUUGGUUAGGCCCAGAAGGCCUAAAGAUAAAAGAUACAGUAGCAUCAACUUCAUGAGACAAAAAAAUGUCUUUCUCAUUUUAGUUUUUAUUGAUGUUUUCUGAAUUAUAAACAUAUAUUACCCACAAAUGAGCAUGUAAACCAACAAACAAAAGUACAUUAAACUGAAAGAAAACCA